AUGGACGAUGAAUUUUAUAACGCAUUCGCUACCCCGGUUACCCCGAUGAGUAUUGCUCAAAACACGAUGUUGGAAAAUGAAACGGGAACCAUGCAAAAACCGCCCAAGCUUAUGAACAUCGAGGAAUAUAAGGGAUGGGAAGGACGGUUCGAAAAUUGGGUACAAGCGAACUAUUUAGAUGCUUGGGAAUGCGUGGAGACAAAGUACAUUCGACCGACGAAAGAUGAAGAGGAGAUUCCGAUCAAGGAUAUGAGUGUGGAUGAUAAAAGGAAUAAAGCAUCGGACUCUAGUGGUGGGCGUGGGCGGGGGUCAGACACCGGUGGUGGGCGUGGGCGGGGUUCGGACACCGGUGGUGGGCGUGGGCGGGGUUCGGACACCGGUGGUGGGCGGGGUUCGGACACCGGUGGUGGGCGUGGUCGUGGGCCGGACUCCGGUGGGGGGCGUGGUCGGGCGCCGGACUUUGGUGGUGGGCGUGGUCGGGCGCCGGACUAUGGUGGUGGGCGUGGUCGGGCGCCGGACUCCGGUGGUGGGCGUGGGCGAGCGCAGGACUCCGGUGGUGGGCGUGGAAAGCAGUCGUGCUGGUGA